CUAAGAUUCUAGAGAGAGAGAUAGAGACAAAAAUCCCAACUUUCUACAGAGAAGCGGAAGCUAGCUGAAACGACGCGGCAAAGACGGAGGAGGUCAUAUGGUUCUCGCCGGAGCUCUGGAUCACAUCGGUUGGCGAUUCGAACGGAGAUUUUCCGAUUUUUGGAGGCUGCACAAGUUUGGACUUGAUUCAGCUUUAACUUUGGGGAGGAAGAUACAUAGAUAGAGAGAGAGAGAGAGGAAGGUGGGAUUCGAUGAAAGCUCUUCGACGGAUUCAAACGAAGUCUUCGUUUCCAAUCCCCUCGUCGCCAUUAUUCUCUUCCCCGUCGUCUUCUCCGUGGACCCACUUGCGCUCUGCUCUCGUCCUUGUCACUUCUUCAUCUCCAGCUUCUUCUUCUUCCGAUCCGCAUCGACUCAAAUCGCCAUGGUCACGAAGAAAACGAAAAAAGCCCCUCACACCACGGCGUUGGAAAAGACUAUUCACCCCUGAGGGUAGAAUUCGGAAUUGUGGAGUUGAUUUGUUGAAGAAAAUCCGGAGUCGAGGUAUUGAUCCUAGCAUUCGGUCGGAGGUGUGGCCGUUCCUUCUUGGAGUGUACGAUUUCAGUAGUUCCAAAGAAGAGAGAGGCGCUACAAGAACGCAGAGAAGAAAAGCGUAUGAGAGACUGCGCAGGCAGUGCAAAAGGCUUCAAAGACGAAACAGUGGGACUUUUAAGCUAAACAAGACCAAUGAAACUACUCAAGAUGGCCGUAACAGUUGGUCUCUUGCGCAAGAUACUGACAGUUCGUGUUCUGACGAUGCUUUCAGCACUCACGAGUCUCUCUCUAGCGACAAAGAAAACACCGAAGAUAUUGGGUACAUGAGUGACGUCUCAUGUAUGCUUGACAGAGACUACACUGGUUCAAGACGCCUCAAUUCUGAGUCCUCAGACUCGGAUUCUUCAGACGAGAAUGAUUCUGUUCAUGUCUUUCCUUCUACUGAAGAAAGUAAAGAUGAAAAUAGUACUUCUCCAUCCAGCAGAUAUAUCUCACGUACCAAAGAGGAUUUUGUGACGUGGCAGCGUAUUAUCCGUCUAGACGCUGUCCGUGCCGAUACAGAGUGGACACCAUAUCCACCAUCUCAAGCUAUGGUAUCAGAGGAUAGAGCACGUCGUGCUGCAGAAGCAGUUGUUUUAAAGGACUAUAGUCAUUUGGAACCUUCGAAAAUCUUUCACGCUGCACGGCUUGUCGCUCUUCUUGAAGCCUAUGCCUUACAUGACCCUGAGAUUGGCUAUUGCCAAGGAAUGAGCGAUCUUCUCUCCCCUAUACUCUCAGUCAUACCUGAUGACAAUGAGGCAUUCUGGUGUUUUGUUGGGUUCAUGAAGAAGGCUCGUCAGAAUUUCAGGCUCGAUGAAGUCGGGAUCACAAGGCAGUUGAACAUAGUCUCAAAGAUUAUCAAAUCCAAAGACUCGCAGCUCUACAAGCAUCUUGAGAAAGUCAAGGCUGAAGACUGUUUCUUUGUGUACAGAAUGGUUCUUGUGAUGUUUAGAAGAGAACUGACGCUGGAGCAAACGCUGUAUCUCUGGGAAGUGAUUUGGGCAGACCAAGCUGCAAUAAGAGCUGGGAUUGGUAAAUCUUCUUGGAGCCGCCGGGUAAAGCAGCGAGCUCCUCCCAAAGACGAUUUGUUGCUGUAUGCGAUUGCUGCUUCGGUUUUGCAGAGGAGGAAACUCAUAAUAGAGAAGUACAAUAGCAUGGAGGAGAUUCUGGGGGAGUGCCACAGUAUGGUAGGGAAACUAGACGUGUGGAAGCUCUUAGACGAUGCACAUGACCUUAUUGUUACCCUCCACACCAAGAUUGAACAUACGAUCCCAUAAUCUUUCUUCUACUGUGUUAUUGAAUUUGCUAUCUGGUAUAAGAACUGCCUUGUGCUUGUGUGCAAUGUGGGUUUUUUGGAAAGCCGUGAGGGGAUAGUAGCCGGGUUUGGAAAAGAAUCCAAGUCCAGGAUUUGAUUUAUCCGGUUUAACAUAUCAAGGCUAGAGUCAAAACAGGCAUGAUUUGUGUGGUGUGUAGUGAAACUUUGAGAAGUGGGUUUCUCUGCCUGCGAGUUCCCUUGGAGAUAAUUGCUUUGCUUCCUCCAUUUUCAUUUUUGUAUGUUUUAAAAAAAAACAAUUUUUGUGCCGGGAAAGAGAAUCUUCCCCCGGUAACAGAAUAACCAACUCUUUCUCUUCAUUCUUAUUCAAAAUUAUUAAUACAUGUAUAUUUGGUUUAAUCUU